AUGUCCAAAUUUGAGGCAACAGUAUCAGCACCUGUGAACAUCGCGUGUAUUAAAUACUGGGGGAAACGGGACACAAAGCUUAUAUUGCCCACUAAUUCUUCAUUAUCCGUCACUCUCGAGCAGGAUCAACUGAGGUCAAAAACGACAUCAAGGGCGGACGCUUCAUUCGUGAAAGAUCAGUUGUGGUUAAAUGGGAAGGAGGAGGAGAUUAAAGCAGGAGGCAGAACGGCGACAUGUAUCACUGAAAUGAAGGCUCUUCGGAGGAAAGUUGAGGAGGCUAAUCCGGAUGAACCCAAAAUUUCAGACUUGCACAUUCACAUCUCGUCCUAUAACAACUUUCCCACUGCUGCUGGGUUAGCGUCUUCUGCCUCGGGUUUCGCAGCACUGGUUUCCUCUCUCGCUGCAUUGUACAAACUUCCCUCGACGCCAAGUGAACUCUCGCUCAUCGCACGUCAAGGGUCAGGAUCAGCAUGCCGUUCCCUCUUCGGGGGGUUCGUAGCCUGGAAUAUGGGUUCCAAGGCAGACGGGUCCGAUUCAUUUGCAGAGGAGGUUGCGCCUCAAUCUCACUGGCCGGAGAUGCACGCACUCAUUUGCAUUGUCUCUGAUGAUAAGAAGGGGACCUCUUCUACUGCGGGCAUGCAACGGACAGUGGAAACUUCGGAAUUGCUCAAGCAUCGCAUUGAGCACGUUGUCCCUGCCCGAAUGAACGCUAUCAUUGAGGCGAUUAAGCGCCGGGAUUUCGAUACCUUUGCGCAAGUGACAAUGCAGGAUUCAAAUCAAUUUCACGCUGUUGCGCUCGAUACGGACCCUCCUAUCUUCUACAUGAAUGAUGUGAGUAGGGCAAUCGUCGCGAUUGUUGUUGAAUUAAAUCGAGCGAGUGUCGCCCGGGGUGAAGGGCUAGUGGCGGCAUACACUUACGAUGCCGGUCCGAACGCGGUCAUUUAUACGUUGGAUCGGAACGCAAAGACGAUUAUCGACUUGUUAGCUUCUUACUUCCCAAGUGCCAUUGGUAAUUUCUCCGAUCCUUUUGGGUUGUUUGGAGGGAAUGGGCAGGAACGUGGUUCCCUGAGAUUGCCGGAAGGUUUUAAUCCUGCCGUAGCUAAGGUAUAUGAAAGCGGGGGUGUCAAGGGGUUCAUUCACACGCGGGUUGGGGGUGGACCAAGGGUAUUGGACGAGGGGGAGUCUCUUCUGAGAAGUAAUGGUUGGCCGCUGGGGUAGAAAUGGAGGACUGAUGUAACUUUUGGGCCGUUGUCUUGGGGAAGAACGAUAUGAGCUAUAUGGGUACACAUCUGCCUGCUGUACUGUUACACUACUCGCACAACUGCUGGCUGUCUGAUCUCAAAAUCAUGGCAAAUUAAC